AUGCUUGAUAAUUUAACAUCAGUGAAAAGAUCAAAUAAUUGGCAACAAGUAUUAUUAUCAAGUUUAAAAAGUGAAACUAAUCCAUAUUCACAAUUAAAUACAAAUAUGUAUCGAGAUUUAUAUUCGAAAUGUGAUAAAUUAUUCAAUGAUAUUGAUUAUAAAUUCGAAUUUGAAGAACAUGAGAUUGAUGAUGAUGAUGAUGAUUCAGAAGAUGAUUCAGAAGAAGAACAAGAAGAAGAUAAAGAUAAAUAUAAACAUGUCAUUUCAUCUAAUGGAGCAUUUAAUGUUAUUGAAUAUUUGAAAUUAUUAGCAGAAGAAACCAAUCUGAAAAAGUAUAAAGAUUUAGUUGAUAAAUAUCCAAAAGAAUUUAAUCAAAGAAAACAAGAACAGGAUAAACUUAAACAUUGUUUCUUUGGUGCAUUGGAUAUACAAGAUCAAUAUAAAAAUAUAUCUUAUGAUAAUUAUUCAGAUAUACAAACCAAGAGAAAGAGAAGAAGACGAUUGAAUCCAGAUAAAAGCAAUAUCGAAGAAGUUCUUGAUGAUAUUUUAGGAUCAACUGAAUUAAAUGAAAAUUCAUAUAAAUUAUUAAACCUUUAA